AUGACUUCCGAAGUUAUUUCUCAAGAACCAAUAGCUAUUGUUGCUAUGGCAUGUGAAUUUGCUGGAGACAUACAUUCGGCAACCGAUUUAUGGAAUGCCUUGGAAAAUAGCAAAGACGUUGGCAGUGUUGUCUCACCGGAACGAGCUGAUAUUGCAUCGUUUAGUGCUCAUAUGCUCAACCAAGAUAAGGAUGGUCAACUUAACAAAAGUUUAAUUCGUCGAGGCUACUUUUUGUCGAAUAAUCAAUGGGACACUUUCGAACAAAGUUUUUUUGGUCUUUCCAGUAACGAAGCUCUUAGCAUUGAUCCAGCACAUCGUCUAUUAAUGCUCAAAUUCGUGCAUUUAAUUGAAGAUGCGGGAUAUACCAUUGAAAAGAUGUACGGUUCACGUACAUCAGUACACGUCGGUCAGUUCUCUACCGAUCAGGCACUGACAGUAUCUCGUUUGAAACCAGAAUUUCGAUUACGAUCACAUGGACCAAAUGCAAGUCUCUACAAUGCUGCUGCUCGUCUUGCAUAUCAUUUUAAUUUGAUCGGUCCUAAUGUAUCUCUCGAUGUCGCUUGCUCAUCAUCACUGGAAGCUGUUCGUCAAGCUGUACAAACUCUUCGAGCGUAUGAAGCAGACAUGGCCGUCUGUGGUGGUGUCAACGCUGUCUAUACGCCAGAAAAUCUACUCAGUGGCUCAUUGAUUGGUGCUCAAUCACCCGAUGGACGAAGUCGAUCAUUUAGUAUUGACGCAAAUGGUUACGCCAAAGGUGAAGGUCUUGGUCUUCUCUUACUCAAACGGCUGAGCGAUGCCGAGCGUGAUGGUGAUCGAAUCUAUUGUGUAUUGCGCGAUGUUCACAGUCAUCAUGAUGGAAGUGAAGGCAAAAGUAAUUUCGUUGUUCCAUCUGGUAUUGGACAGGAACGUCUUCUCGCUGACAUUUACAACCGAAGCAAAACAGAUCCGAAACGUGUUUUCUAUGUUGAAGCUCAUGGUACAGGUACACCAGUAGGUGACCCAAUUGAAGCAAAUACAUUAGGCCGUUUCUUUGAUCGUUCACCACUCGAUCCUCCACUACUCAUUGGAUCUGUUAAAAGCAAUCUAGGGCAUACAGAAGGUGCAGCCGGUGUUGCUGCAUUGAUAAAAGUGGCCAUGUGUAUGCGCCAUCGUGCUAUUCCACCAAAUAUGCAUUUCACAGCACUCAAUCCAAAAAUUGAAGCGCAACGGUACAACCUUCAUGUUGUUCAACAUUAUGUGCCAUUUGCACCUAUUACACACGAUCCAACUAUCGUAGGUAUCAAUUCUUUUGGUAUGGGUGGAAAUACAACACAUGCCAUUAUCGAAGAAUAUCGACCGAAACAGAAAAUUGUGUCAAAUGGAUUCCUUCGAAAUCAUGAUGAACACAAUGAGAAUGAAGUCAAACAACCCUUUCUUUUCCUCUUCUCAACCAAAAGUCACGAAUCACUUGUCAAACAAGUUGUUCGAUUCAAUCAAUGGUUACGAGAAAAAUUUAACAAGCAUACCAAUGAUUCUGAUGCCUUCCUUGCUCAUGUAUCCAAGCAACUUCUUCUCAAACGUACAAUUAGCUAUGAACAUUUAGCCAUUUUUGUAGCAGCUGAUUAUACACAGUUACAGGAUCAAAUAGAUACUUUUCUUGUUCAAAAGAGUAUAUCUGGACUUUUCCUUACUACUCGUCCAAUUUUACCAUCGAGAAAAAUUUGUUUUGUCUACAGCGGUCAAGGACCUCAAUGGUGGGCAAUGGGCCGCCAACUAUACAAGAACGAGCCUGUUUUUCGUCAAUGGAUCGAACGAAUCGAUAUCGAAUUAACAAAAAUUAAUACAGAUAAUUGGCGAUUGUUAGAUGAACUUAUGAAGACAAGUGAUGAGAAAGCAUCUCGUAUCAAUGAUACAAAUAUUGCCCAACCAGCAUUGUUUGCUAUUCAAGUAGCUCUGACUGCCCUUCUCAAUUCAUGGCAAAUCUUUCCUGAUGCCAUUAUUUCACACAGUGCUGGAGAACAAGCAGCUGCGUUUGUUUCAGGCCGUCUCACAUUACAGGAAGCGAUCCGUCUUGUUUAUCAUCGAUCACGUCUUCAGAAUCGUAAUACACGUCAAGGUGGUCGAAUGUUGGCCGUCUCGAUGAGUGAACAACAAGUGAAAAAUGAUCUUCUGAAAGGUAUAGAACAUCUUGUCUCCAUUGCCGUCAUCAAUAGUCCCCGAUCAGUAACAUUGAGUGGCGACGAAGCUACCAUCGAUGAAUUACAACAAAUUCUCACGACAUUUCAUCCAAAUGUGUUCAAAGCACGACUUCGAAUUGAAAAUGCUUUUCAUUCUCAUCAAAUGGAUCGAUUUAACGUUCAAAAUGAAAUGCUUUCAGCACUGGAAAAUAUUUCCGGUCUUCCUUUACAAGAUCCACAAGAAAUGUUUAACAUACAAUGUAGUAAAGCUCGGCUAUACUCUAGUACUCAUGGUGGAUACAUAGAUAAUCAUACAGCAACUAAUGCUCAACAUUGGUGGAAGAAUGUUCGAGGAUGUGUUCGAUUUUAUGAUGCAAUGACAGAACUCAUUCAAGAGAGUGCUGCAAAUAUCUUUCUUGAAAUAUCUCCACAUCCAGUACUCGCCACAUCGAUUGAUGAAUGUUGCCAAUCACAUUCAUGGAAUCGACUCAUUCUACCAACAUUGAAACGAAAGGAAGAUGAACAAUCAACUUUACUGACAAGUCUUGCUCAACUCACUUCAUCAUCUAUUGUCUGGCAAUCUUAUCUCGAAUCUCGUCAAAUUCGAUCAACUGAUAUUGACAGUGAACUCUUUGAAACAUUUCCAUUAUAUGCGUUCAAUACAACACCUUGCUGGUAUGAAUCGAAAGACUCAGUUAUUGAACGUCUCUCUUACCGUCUUCCCAGUCAUCCACUCUUGGGCAUUCGUCAAUGGACUCAACAGACGAAUCCAACAUGGAAAAGUCUCAUUAACAUCAAUCUUUCUCAACAAGCUUUCUUAAAAGAUCAUAAGAUUCAAGAUGCUAUCUUAUUUCCAGCCAGUGGUUAUAUUGAAUUAGCAUUAGCUGCCUGUCGACAACUACUUUCCACAACUAACGAUAUUCAGUCCGUGAUUAUCUUCGAACAAGUUGAAUUCAUGAAUGCUCUUGUUCUUACGGAACAUGAAUUAACAGAAAUAUUCACUCAAAUAAUCAUGCCAAUGCGUGAAUGGUUUAUAUAUAGUCGACCAUGGACAUCAGCCGGACAAGAUUGUGUUCGAACAUCUGGAAUGUCAGGCGCUGAUAUUCUCAAAUCAUUUACCGAUCCAGAAUCGCUUAGUCAACAUUCAUUAAAUGAAUUUACACUUCAUGCUCGAGGUCAAAUUCAUAUUAGUGAUGACAAACAACAAUUACCUCUUCUCACAGAUGUUUCCUUAGAUCGUGACUUAUAUUCUGCACUUGACUCAAAUCAUGUGUAUACACAUUUAAUGUCACGCGGUUAUCAGUAUGGACCUUCAUUUCGAUUGAUGCAAUCACUUCAAACCACUCAAUCAACGGUUGAAGGUGAAAUAGAUUGUAGUGUAUGUAAUGAAAAUGAUACUCUACGUUAUCAUCUGAUUCAUCCAGCUGUUCUCGAUGCCUGUUUACAUCCCGCUUUGGCUUUAUUACCAGGAACUUCGACUACUUUUAUUCCUGUUUCGAUUAACAAGAUAACUAUACUCGGAGAAACAACAAUGUUUCAUUCACCUAUACAAGUACGUGCAGCCUAUCAUAAUAACAUUUGUGGCGUGGCCAAACAGAAGACGUAUGAAUUCGAUUGUACAAUUUGUUCAAAUGACACCGAAACAAAGGAACCCAUCGUUACUUUUGAUCGUAUCACAAUUCAACAAGUCCACGGUUCACAAUCAGGUCGAUGGGCAUCAGAUACGUCUGUCUUCGAUAAAUUAAAUGUAUCAGUAGAUUUACCAAAUCAAGAUCUCACAACUCAUCUACACACAGUUAUGAAUAAUUAUUGUCUCAAAACCGCGUGGAAUGACGGAACGAUGAGAAUUGGUGUCGCUGAUUUACUUCCAUCACCAAAGGACAUCAUCAAAAGUAAUCUUAGUUCUACUGGCGUUGACGAUCUCUUUGAAUCUAUUGAAGCAUUAAAUCAAUUAGCUGCAUAUUAUGCUCAAAUAGCACUUGUAGAUUUAACACUCGAUCCAAUUCAAGAACAGAAACAAGAAUCACUUUUAGCUGCAUGUCGUUCUCUUAGUUUUCAUUCGAAAAUAAAGGCGACAUUUCAUUCGGCUCAACUCUAUCUGAUGCAAUUGAUGCAACAAUUUCCACGUUUGAAACCAAUUCUGACUGUUUUAGCAGCUUGUGGACGAAAUCUCCGACAAGUUCUCACCGGAGAACAAGAUGGAAUCGAAGUACUGUUGGGUAAUGAUGAGAUGAAAACCAUUCUACAAGAAAUGCAAUCACUCAUCUCUUCUCAUCAAACAUAUUUUAUUUUUGAUAUUCUGAAACGAUAUCUUCAAGAAAAGUCGGGCACAUUACUAACUCAACGCAAAAUUCGAAUAUUCUGGUUGGCUAGUGGCAACAGUUCAGAUGAUCUACGUGUUCUGCAUCUUCUACUCGACUUAUCACGUCAAACAGAUCUAUCAAUUGAUAUUAACUAUACAAAUCCAAAUUUAAAUCUACUUGAACAAGUGACAAAGACAUUCAAUACGUAUUUGGAAGAUCAAACUCGCGUGUGUGUCAUUUACGAUGAUCAAUUUGACUUGUUCGACAAUGAAAAUAACAAGAAAUUAAUCGUUGAAUCAUACGAUAUUGUAUUUGGUGCUAAUAAGUUGCAAGGUAAUGAAAAUUUACCCUACGCACUUACUAUUCUACGUCAAUUACUCGUUCCUAAUGGCCUUCUUCUUCUACUUGAAUUAACCAACGCUCCGCUCUAUUUCGAUAUGAUCUAUGGCUUAAUCGAUGAAUGGUGGUCUUCAAUUGAUGGUCGACGUGCCCUACUUACAAUGAAUCAAUGGACGAAGGCUGUACAAGAGAUAAAUGGAUUUGAAACCGUUGAAACACGGAAUAGUUCAUUUGGUAAUUCACUUAUUGCCGCUCAAAAAUCGACAUCGUCGAAGAUUUUAUCUACGCUCGAAGAACGACAACGGCAAGCAUGGCUAAUUUUCGCCGAUGAUAACACACCGAGUAUUGGCAAUGCACUUCAAUCUCUCUUACCAUCGGUUAAUAUCACUUUAUUACAUCGAUCUAAUUCAAGUUUUGAAAAGAUUUCCUCUCAAAUCGAAGAAAUGAUGGCAACUUAUGAACAAGUACAUAUCGUCUUUGGUUGGUCAUUAGAUCAAAAAUUGAUCAACGAUGACACUGAUAUAACAUUUGAACAACAUCAGGAACAGAUCUAUGGUAUUUUUAUUCGUAUUUUACAAACAAUACAAAUCAACGAGCCACGAUUGCAUCCAUUUGUAUUUGUUCUGACACGAAACGCUCAACCUGGCGCAGGCAACGCUCUCAAUCCAAUCGGUUCACCACUUGUUGGUCUUGUACGUAGUCUUGCUCUUGAAUAUGAUCAACAUCGGUUAAAGCUUAUUGAUUUACAAUCCAGUUUAUCACCAGCGACCAUCCCAUCGCUUGUUCAUGCACUUGCCAAACAUCUAAUCACCUCACAAUAUGCGAAUGAUCUCGAUGAAAUUGUUCUUCGUCACGAUACACAAAGCGAUACAAUUCAUCGAAUGCAAUGGCACUAUGAAAUGCUACAAAAUGAACAGAAUAGAAACGAAACAUCAAAAGACGAAUCAACAACAAUUAUCCCAUUUAAAGAUGCUGAUCGGCAACCAUUUCGCCUACAAGUCUCUUCAUCUCGUUUUCUCGAUGAUUUAGCCUGGGUACCUGAGGCAAAGAAAGAUCGACUACCUGCUGAUAAAGUCGAAGUUCGUAUUCAUUGCGUUGGUGUUAACUUUCGAGAUGUGCUUAAAUCGAGUGGUCGCUAUCCAUACGUGCGUCCAUUUGCUCAAACAGACAAUGCUCAACCGAAGGUAGAUCGUGAUACCGAACCUGGUAUUGAUUUUCUGGGCACAGUUGUACGCACACAUCCAAACGCAAAUGUUCAAGUUGGUGAUCGUGUUCUAGGCAUGGCGCCGGGAGUCUUUCAUUCGCACGUACAUUUGAGUCUCGGCGAAUAUGUUCGCAUUCCAAGUGAAUGCAAUCAUUUUACUGAUGAACAAUUAGCAGGAUUGCCCAACGCUUGUAUGACUGUACUCUACUCAUUAAAAUAUCGUGCAAACUUACAACCUGGUCAAACUGUACUUAUACAUGCAGCAACUGGUGGUGCUGGUCAAGCGUGUAUACAAUAUUGUCAGGCGAUUGGCGCGCGCAUUUUGGCUACUGCAGGUACUGAAGAGAAACGAGAAUUUCUCCGUGAACAUUACGGCAUCGAACAUGUAUUCAAUAGUCGAGAUCUUUCGUUCGUUAAAGGAGUACGUGAAUUACUACCAAAUGGAGUAGAUAUUAUUGUGAAUUCUCUGUCGGGCUCUCUUCUUCAAGAAUCAAUCAAAUUACUUAAAUCACAAGGUCAUUUUAUUGAAUGGGGAAAACGAGACAUAUUUGACAAGAAGCAUUUGUCUAUGUUCGAUUUACGUGAUGAUUGCAGUUUUCAUGUUAUUGAUAUUACUUCACUCUAUGUUCAUCGUCUUGACAUCUUUGGACGGUUAAUUGAAGAACUCUUGGACUUGACUAUCAAAGGCAUUUUUAAACCAAUUGAACCAACAAAAGUUUAUGAACCAUCCAAUGUCAUUAAUGUCUUCAAACAAUGUAACAGUGGUCGAAUGAGUGGUAAAUGUGUUCUUCGUCUUGCUAAUUCACAACAAUCAUUACAAUUAAACUGCCAAAAACUUGCAUCAUCAACGGAAGAAAAAGAUUUAAUGUUUCCAUACGAAGUUUGCCAUCAAGGUACGAUUCUAAUAUCCGGUGGCUGCGGUGGUCUCGGCCUGACGAUGUCUCGAUGGAUGAUAGAAAAACGCGGUGUUAAACGUUUAACACUCAUGAGUCGCCGGCCACUCGCUCAUAUUGAACAAGUAAGCAACCCUGAAUACGACGAAUGGCAACGAUUACAACAAGCUGCAAAGAAUUACGGUGCUCAUAUUGAUGUGGUUCAAAUCGACGUGACCAAAUAUGAAGAUGUCUACAAUUUAAUCGAAAAACUUAGUCAAACAUCUUAUCCUGUCCGUGGUAUUAUUCACAGUGCCGUAGUGCAAGAAGAUCGAAGUUUAGCUAAAUUAUCUGCAGAAAAUUUCACGCGUGUCUUAGGACCAAAAGCUCGCGGUGCUUGGAAUCUUCAUCAAGCGUCUAAACUUGCUGCUCCUUCACUUCACUUCUUUGUACUUUUCUCGUCAAUUCGUAAUCACAUGAUCGAUUUAGCAUCCGCUGGUUAUAAUGCCGGCAAUCAAUUUCUUGAUAUUCUUGCUCACUAUCGUGCUGAACAACUCCAUUUACCUGCACUCUCAGUUAGUUUGCCUGCAGUGAGUGGUGCUGGUAUGUUUCAUCGUCAUCGAGAAGUAUUGACGAGUUUACAACGUACAUCCGGUUUUGAACUGGUACCAACAGUUGGUGUAUUUGAAUUGAUCGAUCAAUUUCAUGUUAAUCAAAAGAAUUGUCCAUGUCCAAUAAUUUUUGCUGCCAAUUGGAAACAAUUGUAUGAGAAUCGAGAGAAAUUGGUGACACAUCAAUUACGGGAAAUCGUCAUAGAGCAAAAUAAACUUGCAAAUGACUCAGUUACCUCCGCAAAUUCAUCAGAUCAUAUCAAUCCAUCCGAUUCCAGUUAUGAUUGUUUAGAAACUCUUGUCGAACGAAUACAAACAACCGUUUCGCGGCUCUUAGGUGCAAGUACUAGUGAACAGAUCUCUGUAGAUCGUUCACUUGUUAGUCAAGGUAUGGAUUCAUUAGCUGCCGUCUCACUUUACAAUUGGUUAGGACAAGAGACGAAUGUUUUUAUUCCGUUAGCUGAUCUUCUGCAAGGAAUUUCAAUACAAAUUAUUGCAGAACAAGUGCAUAAAAAACUCCAUGCAGAAAAGCAUAGUGACACUCAAGCAACUGACGAUGAAUCGGAGCUAUCGAUCGAUUCGGUUACAGAUAAUGAUAUCGAUUCAUCAAAGAAUUUAACUUACACUGGUAUAGAGAAUAUUGUAUGUAUACAACGUCCAACUGAUUCGGAAUGUCCCAUUAUAUUUUGUACCUCAUCAAACGCGCCUUCCGACACAUUGCUAAGGAAACUAUCCGGAAAUAAGGAUAGUCUAUCACCAGUGGCCAUUUACACUAUUAACACACCGGAAACAUCGUUGACGAAAGAUAUGAAAAAUAUGGCCAAUACGAUGGUAUCUCAAAUGCGUCGGAUUCAACCAUAUGGACCUUAUACAUUGGUAGCAACAGCUGGUGAUGAAGAAGAGGAAAUGUUCGCUCUUGAAAUGAACAAACAACUCAAACGACAUUCAGUCGACUCGACCAUUGAACUGCUCGCGAAAUGA